AAGGCUUCUUACUUGUAUCUGAAUUUAUCAGUUAAUUACAACAUAAAAUGCUAAGACGGAGUUAUUAAGUCAUUAUAAACUCGAAAUCUUGUGAUAUAUUGUUCAGAUUUCAAUAUCAUCAUUUUGUCGGAGGUUCAUCCUAUGCAAUAUUCAUGAACUUUAAUUCAAAAUCUAUGAGAAAAUAUACAAACAAAAUGAAUUUUGGUGUUUGUCAUAUUUUACUAGUAUAAGGACUAAUAUUUGAACACUGAAACUUGCAGAGCUUUCAUGUUGAUAAAACAACUGGGAAGAAAUGUUAUAUGAUUGGACCAAUGAAACUUAUAAUUAAUGGUUGGAAAUUAGAAUUUGGGGAUAAUUUUUUAAGGAAAUUACCUCAUGCAGACUCCAGAUUCUCAGUGGUGGCAGAACUUAAAUAUGUUUGGAUACAUGAUAUCCGAGGGAAGAUCGAUACACAAAUGUUAUCCCCGAAGACUCGUUAUGCAGCUUAUUUGGUAUAUAGAUCAGAGAGGUCUUACAAGGACCUUGUACCAGCGAAAGGGAUCAUCAAGUUUGUUAAUCUUGAUGAAGAUCAUGAUGCCGAAAGGCGAGCUACUACUUUGAGCCUUCAACAAGGGUUGGUGAGUAGACCCGAUGGAUGGAUGGAAGUACAAUUGGGAAUGUUUUACAAUGAUCUAGGAGAAAAUGGCCCGGUAGAGGCACGGCUGUUGAAAGAGGAUGCACGGCCGUUGAAACGGGAUCAACAAAAUAUGAAACACCUUGUUGUUGAAGGAAUUGAGUUUCGACCUGCUACAAAUGCAAAAGAAAAUGUGAAAAACCGAAGAAAUGGGAUCUUUUCAAAAUUAAGGAUUUCUGGAUAAUAUAGCCCUUUGAUUUGCUUUCCUUGUCCAUUCUUUGAUAUGCAUGUGCAAUGACAGAGAAGAAUUAAGUGUUGUUUUUCAAAGAAACAAAGUGAAGAUUUUUGAGCAAAUUGUUAUGUAAAUAUUAUAGGGUUCGAGUAUAGGGAAUAAACAAUACGACUAUCACAAGUCCAUUGAUUUCAUGAAGACUGAGAAAGGA